AAUCCGUCAAUAAAAUAAGAUUGCAUAUUUUAUAAUCAUAAUUGCAAUAUAUCAAUUAACAGUUUAAUUUAACAUCGCAUAGUGGUGAUUUGUUAACGCUUACUUAGCAAUUAAAAAUUUGUGAAGCCAAAACUUGAUUGUUGAAACAUGCAGAAAAGAACAAUAUUAUGGUACAUGACUUUUUGGGGAUUUGGAAUGAAUUUCAUGCUUAGAAUGAAUCUCAAUAUAGCAAUAGUGUCAAUGGUUCGACCAACUGUGAAAGACGGAUUGAAAAGUGAAUACAUUGAAAACCGUAAUGCUUUGCAGAAUACUUCAUACUUAAUUGAUACUAACAUAGACAAUGACAAAUACUUCGAAUGGGAUGAACAUCAACAAAAUAUGGCUAAGGGAUCAUUUUUUUGGUUACAUAUGGUAUUACAAAUUCCUGGUGGUUUAUUAGCACAGAAAUUUGGUGCUAAAUCUAUAUUUGGCUACAGUAACGGUUUAGUUGCUCUACUUACUUGUGUGAUACCUUUAUCAGCCAAAUUCAAUUUCAAAGCUUUGAUUUUAAUACGGAUUUUUCAAGGCCUCAUAGCUGGAUUAGCGUGGCCAUCAAUGCAGGCAAUGACGGGUAAAUGGAUACCACCUCACGAAAGAAGCCGUUUCGUGUCAGCAUAUUUAGGUACAUCUGUUGGAACGGCUAUAACUUAUAUAGUAUGUGGUUAUUUGAUGGAUUGGUUGGGUUGGGAGAGUGUAUUUUACAUUACGGGAUCAAUUGGUUUGCUAUGGCAUGUAUGUUGGACUCUUUUAAUACACGAUUCACCAAGAACGCAUCCGACUAUAACUGAGAAAGAAUUAAAGUACAUAGAAAACAGUCUAGGCAACUCCAUCGUCAAAAAUGUAUCUUCUUCAACUCCUUGGAAAUCAAUUUUGACGUCUUUGCCUUUAAUUGUAAACAUUAUAUCACAAAUAGGUUAUAAUUGGGGAAUGUACACGAUAUCUCUCCAAGCACCAACGUACUUUAAAUUCGUGUUGGGUUUUAACUUAAAACAGACAGGUAUUUGGUCUGGUGUACCACAUUUGUUCUUAUGGCCAUUUGCAUUUAGUUUUGGUUGUUUAUGUGAUUAUUUAAUUAAAGCUAAUAUAAUGACCAUAACGAACGUUCGCAAAUUGGCUUGCGUUUUCAGCAAUAUAAUCCAUGGCUUGUUUAUAUUGACGUUUGCAUAUUCUGGAUGUAACGAUAUCUUUGUUAUAUCUAAUUUGGUGUGCGCCGUGGUCGUGAGUGGUGCAAUUUCUUCGGGAGCACUUCCAGGAAUUGUGGAUCUAGCUCCAAAUUUUGCAGGAGUGUUGCAAGGGAUAAAUGGAACAAUUGUGAUAUUUUGUAUUAGUAUUUCACCAUACAUUGUAGGAUUGAUAACAUAUCAACAGCAAACCAUAGAACAAUGGAAAAAAGUAUUCAUUGUAUCGGCGGCAUUUUGUUCAUUGACAGGAAUUGCAUUUUUGAUUUUUGGAAGUUCUAAAUUACAAAAAUGGAAUAACGAAGAACAAAAAGAUGUAAAGGAGAUUCAACCUAUAGUUUGACUGUGAUAAAUCUAAAAUUAAGAAGCACGUUUUAAAUAAUUAUGUUUUGUAUAGAUACACUAUAGAGACUACAUGUUAAAAUUAUUUACAUUUUAUUUCUAAUCAUUCAAAUUAACCGAAUUGGUUCCCGUUUUAUUACGCACAUUUCCCUUCUCAAUUUUAUGGGCUUAGGACUAUCAAAUUAUUCAAAUUAAUAGUAGGCUUGGUUAAAAAUAAUAAUUAACAUCUUAGUUGAUAGUUCCCUUUUGUCUAACCAUAAAUUUCAUAAUAACGAAUAAUUAAAAUUAAAAUACGAUUUAUGUACAAGCGAAAACAAAUUUACAUAGUUAUGAAUAUAAAUGGCGAUGUGCUAUUCGAGACUGUACAGUGCUUACUAACAUUAUUGUCAUGAGUACAUAGGAUAUAAUAUACGAUAAACUCAUAGGCCGGGGCCACACAUAGCGGUUGAACCGCUCAAAAAAUUCAAAAUUUUUGAUUUUAAAUGCAACCGCCUGAUACGCGUUCACACAUACAUGGUUCGCGUUCGACCGCGUCAUGUCACGGUUCAGCCGCUGCAACUUAACCGCUAUGUGUGGCCCCGGCCAUACAGCGAAUAAGUAUGUAUAUCUCACUCGUUAACUUAUCGAUCGAGGUAAUAACGAUAAUUUUCUAAACCUCCAACAAUCUAUUACUACUAUAGAAUGUAGAUACAUUUAUAAUAUUUUAUACUAUUUAAUUUAUAUUUUGUACCAAUUAUUAAAAAUUAUUAAAAAUUAAAUUACAUUUGUAACUAUUUUACCUCAACAUAAACGGGAAUCAAUCCGGCUCAGCUUAAUAAAAUACUCUUUUUAAGCGGGAACCAAUUCGGUUACUUCCAAUAAAUGAUAUAAUAUUAAUAUUAUUAUUGUAUGGGUAGGGUAGAUAUUUUUUAAUUAUCUUAUUUUAUAAUAUAAAGUAGUAUAAUGCCUAUCUGUUUGAAGAACAAUUCUUAAAUUUCAGUACCUACCUACCUAAAUAAUUAGUUUUAUAUGUUUCUAAUUGACCAUGUUAUCUUAGUGUCAAAUAAUACUAAUUUUCCCUAAAAAAUUGUAUUAUUGAAUAAUUGUUAUGUGCAGCUGUAAAAUUUGUAUAUAUAAAAAAAUGAUUUUUUUUU